AUGACUGCAAUCUACACACCUACUUCCCAAACCAACAUGAUUGCAAUCUGUGCACCUACUCCCCAAAGCUACAUGAAUGCAAUCUGCCCUCCUACUUUCCAAAUCAACAUGAAUGCAAUCUGUGCACCCACUUCCCAAAGCAACAUGAAUGCAAUCUGCAUGAUCUGUACACCUACUUCCCAAACCAACAUGAUUGAAAUCUACACACCUACUUCCCAAACCAACAUGAAUGCAAUCUGUAAACCUACUUCCCAAACCAACAUGACUGCAAUCUACACACCUACUUCCCAAACCAACAUGAUUGCAAUAUACACACCUACUUCCCAAACCAACAUGAAUGCAAUCUGUAGACCUACUUCCCAAACCUACAUGACUGCAAUCUGUGCUCCUACUUCCCAAACCAACAUGACUGGAAUCUGUGCACUUACUUCCCAAACCAACAUGACUGCAAUCUACACACCUACUUCCCAAGUCAAUAUGAAUGCAAUCUGUGCACCCACUUCCCAAACCAACAUGAAUAUAAUCUGUGCAUCUACUUCCAAAAACCAACAUGACUGCAAUCUGUGCACCUACUCCCCAAACCAACAUGAAUGCAAUCUGUACACCUACUUCCCAAACCAACAUGACUGCAAUCUACACACCUACUUCCCAAACCAACAUGAUUGCAAUCUACACACCUACUUCCCAAACCAACAUGAAUGCAAUCUGUAG